UGUAUUCCUGGAACAAACUCUAAAGGUGACUGAACAUGUUUUGCCUUAAGAACUGAAAAUAACAGUGAAGCGAUUUAUCUCUUAAAAGUGACAAGUCACUCUGUCUGCUCGCAGUUCCUCUACAUGCCUUAAGCAGCUCCUUCCUACAUCUUCCUGCCUCCACUGUCAACGUGCAUGUUUUAAAAACAAGAAAAUGGCAUGCUUAAAGAAACUCCACAUGAGCAACUGGAAGUCACUUACUGCUGUUUUAUGUCUGUUUGGAUUUCUAAUCAACUGCAGACCACUGGAGCCUUUUCUCACGGCAUAUCUUGUUGGGCCGUAUAAGAACGCCACACAACAGCAGGUCAUAAAUGUUCUGUUCCCAAUAUGGACUUAUUCCUAUCUGGCACUCCUCUUUCCUGUCUUCAUGGUUACAGACCUUCUGCGCUACAAGCCAGUGAUGGUCUUGCAAGCAGUUUUUGCUAUCAUUACUUUUGUGUUACUCUGCUUUGCUCAGGGCAUGGCAUCACUGAAGGCUGUGCAGUUCUGCUUUGCAAUGGUCACUGCCACUGAGGUGGCGUAUUUUUCUUACAUCUACAGCAUGGUACCAUCUAAGCAUUAUCAGCAAGUAACCAGUUUUCUGAGAAGUGCCAAUCUGCUUGGCUUCAUGUCAGCUGCCAUACUUGGACAACUUUUAGUUUCCUUUGCAGAGCUGCCCUACUUUUACCUUGGCACCAUUACCAUCGGGGCAGAAUCUGCAGCUUUGCUUUUAUCAACAGUCCUUCCUAUGCCAAGCAGGAGCAUGUUUUAUAGAAGUGAAGAUGGAGCACAGUGUAAUCAAAUGGAUCUUAGUAAGAAGGACAUGAAUAGUGAUGCCAAAGAGGCACCAGUUUGUGAAAAUGUUUCAGCCAUAAUGGAAGUAAAGAGCAUUCCACAUCUGAGGAGCACAAGGGAGAAUGUAUCAAAAACACUUUCUCAAUUAUGGUACAGCUUUAAAGUGUGCUACUCUUCUAGGAAGGUCAUUUAUUCAUCUCUCUGGUGGGCCUUUGCAACUUGUGGACACAACCAGGUCUACAAUUAUACCCAGUCUCUAUUUCAGCACAUUGCUCCAUCUGGAAAUUUCUCUGUUUACAAUGGUGCAGUUGAAGCUGCCGCAAGUGUGGUAGGCUCAAUGGCAUCUUUCUCUGUGACUUUUAUGACGCUGGAUUGGGAUACUUGGGGAGAGCUCAUUCUUGGAAUCUUCUCCUCCGUAAGCACCAGUGCCAUUUUCAUGAUGGCUUUCACAAAUUCCAUCUGGCUCUGUUAUGCUGGUUACAUCAUACUGAGAGCUUCAUACAUGCUGCUCAUCACAAUAACUAUGUUCCUAAUUGCUGAUAAUCUGUCAGAUGAGUGCUAUGCAUUGAUGUUUGGGAUUAACACCUUUGUUGCGCUGCUGCUUCAGACUUUGCUUACUGCUAUCGUAGUGGAUGAAAGCAGUCUGGGAUUAGGCAUUGUUAAUCAGUUUAUCAUCUAUGGCAGUUAUUACACUGUCAUUUCUGUGAUUUUUCUUUUAAGAGGAAUUUAUGUGCUGUGCUAUAAAUGGAAACGAAGGCAGCCACAGGGACAUGAAGAUGUGCUAAGUGAAGCCCCCUUUGUUAUCUUCUCUCAAAAACUGUGAAGAUCACUUCAAAGUGACAGAAGUGGACCGUUGAGCUCUUCGGUGCUCUUAGCACACAAAGCCUCUUCUGCACUAGUAGCAGCUUCUGCAUUCACAUAUUGUGAGCACAGAAUGAAACUUACAAAGCACUUUAAAAAUAUGUAGUUUUUAUAGUGCCUUUCAUGCAAGACAUGAUAAUAGAUACCACACUUCUGUAGUUGAUUAAGAUGAACAUUCCCUUGAAAUGAAGUAAUAUUAAAACAUAAUAAUAAAAUAAUGCACUGAAAAUUUAAUUGACCAAACUUCAUAAUUUCAUUCUAUCAGUUUUAAACCAGAAACAUAUGUUCACCUUAUUUUGUGAAAUUUUUGUUAUUCAUUCUAAUUUUUCCAGAUUCCUAUCUCUUUUAUUCUGGCUUUAUUGCUGGCUGUUGUUCCCUUCUUUAUAGUGUCUUUAUCUUCUCUUUGUCUCUGCACUUCAGUUUACUCCAGCCAUCCAAAACUUAUUUGAGACAUUGUGGUGAAGCAGAUGACAAAGAAAAUGAGCGUAACAUUAACAAUAUAUGUCUUCUGAAUCACAUAUUCACUAUGGAUAACAGAUUAAAGAUCAUAAAAUAAUGUGUAAAUGAUUCCGGGGGCUUGAACCUCAAAUAUAUUUGAGUUUGAAGAAUCCCAUGCAUUUAAUAUUUCCAUUGUUGUUUGAACAAAUUGAGAAGUAUCCAUUACUGUGCUGAAAUGCUUCUUAAAUUCUUGCUAAUCUGAAUACAUUGACUUUUUAACAAUAAAUACAGUGAGGUUUCAUUUCAGGAGCCAGCA